AUGCUCCCCAACUACAACAACCACUGGCAAGAAGCCAGAAAUAGAAACACUAAUCGUCAACCAAACCAAUAUCACGUACCCUACAACGGCCCUGUCUUCCAUCGACCUCUACCACCUACCAAUCGCCGACCACCAACCAACCCAUCCAGCUAUAUCCCACCCCAUCGCCGACCUACCUACAACACAGCCUACCAAUCAAGAGGUAACCAUCGACCUGACCAACAACAGAAACGACUACCAGCCCACCGACGCCAACCAGUCCCCACUCAUAAGGAGGAAGAACCCUUUGUGAAGGUGUUCUUCCAAGUUUUGCAGUGCCUCCAUCAUUUGGCAAUCCUUACCCUUCAACAGCAAGGCCAACCAGCGUUUACCUUCAAACGCAAAGUCUCUGAGUUGGAUAGUUUUAUCCGUCCAGCAAUGAAAACAUCAGCUGUCGACGCGAAUAUUAGAUCCCUCAAUCGGACAUGGCUCUGUAAGGUUACGCAGGUCCUGAUCGACCAUUACCAAACCACACUUCAAGAGAAGCUGACCACCAUUCGUACCAAGUCUUUAUCAUCACCUGCCGUCGACCGCAUCGUUUCUCAUGCCCUGUCAUGGGCCCGUCGCUCCUAUGGGAAACGUCUCACUCAAGCUGUAAUUUCCAAAUUCUACCAAACAAUCAACGGAACUCCUAGUCCAGCAGACAUAGGUAAACGCUCUCGUAGAGAGGGCACACCCCUUCUCUUUUCACUUUCAGACUCGUCUUCCCCUUCCACACCAUCUGAAUCUUCACCACGUGAUCCAGGAUCCGCCAACCUUUCUUCCUUCUGUGCGUUUUUGGACCAGCAAAUCACCCCUCAGUCUCCAUCCAAGUCGAGACAUGUAUCCAGACCUUCCCCUCCUCGAACCAGAUCCCAGUCCGUUCCCAAUGCUACAAUUCUAACAACUACCAAACCAGUACCAAUCACACCGACCAUUAUAUCCGCUACCAAACCGUAUUAUCACCAAACCAAGGACAAAUCAUUAUGGAAACUACCUGCUCUAAAGAAAUCAACCUUAAUAAUUGGAUCAUCUAACCUGAAUCGAAUUACCAAAACCAGUUCAGACACCGAAAUACAUUCUUACCCCGGUGCCCAAAUCCAUCACAUACAGUCAAUCCUGGAAUCAUACGACCAUGAUCCCAAACCUACUACCAUUAUUCUUCAUACUUCCAUGAUACAAGAAGACGAAGUUCAUUUACCAUUGUGA